ACUAGGCUGAAGAAGAAAACAUGGAGGACUAUAUUACAGUAGACGUGGAGGAAACCGAAUUACUGGAUUACAACUGUAGUCACUCGUGGAGCAAUUCAACAAUGGAAUUUUCAUCUAUUUUCAGCAAGUACGAGAAGGCAGCUCUGAUCGCCGCUUACGGUUUUGUAUUCUGCUGUUGUGUGUUUGGGAAUUUACUGGUUAUGGUUGUUGUUUUUCUCCACCGCCGCCUGCGUACGACAACGAACUUCUUCUUAACGAAUCUUGCUGUGGCUGAUUUCUGUGUAGGUGUUUUCUGCGUUUUUCAAAACCUUUCAUUAUAUCUGAUGAACAGUUGGCCGUUCGGAAACAUUCUUUGCAAAAUGUACCAUUUCAUCCAAAGUUUAAGCUACACUGCAUCUAUUGUUAUCUUAAUGGUUAUCUGUGUUGAAAGGUAUGUCGCUAUUAUCUAUCCCUUAUGGAGCAAGCAUGCUUUUACUUUGAAUCGCUUACGUGUUAUUAUAUCGGUAGUGUGGCUAGUUAGUGCUCUUUAUUGCUGCCCCAGGCUCAUAAUUUACGGCACAGCAGAGCUUCCCUCAGCAUCCGGGACCUCAGUGGAAUGUUUCAUGCAGCGCCGCUUUUACGAUUCUGAAAUAUACGACAUUGUAAAUUUCGUGUUUCUGUUAAUAAUUCCUUUAAUUAUUAUUAUUUUACUUUACGCCAUCAUUGGAAUUCAUCUGUGGAAAGGUAGGUUAGAUUCUGAUGAGCUUGAGAACAUAAAAGACAUGGAGCUGAAGCAUUUGCGUAGUGUUUUAAGUAGAAGACACUCUACACUCCGAGAAUCUCCCUCCACCCUUCUCUGUUGCCAUGGCUGCGAGUCAGGAAGUCCUGGCCAUAUCCACGGGGCUCAUUUUGUUAUAAGGAAAAAUGGUGGGAUCUGCAUUUGUCGUGAAAUACGUUCAUCUAUAAUUGACAUAUCAAGGCUCACCGUCACGGACCAUUGUUGCUAUUGUAAUGUGGGUAGAAACCUUCGUAUGUGUGACACAAAAGCCAGCACGAGUAGAGAUAAGUUGAAACAUUCUACAAGCAAAGGGAGCAGCCACUCUAUGUCUUUUCAACAGCAUUGUCUUUCUCGAGCUCCAAGAACAAUUAUUAAAGCUAGAAGAAGAGUUGUUCGUCUUUUGUUGGCUGUUGUCUUGUCUUUUGCUUUAUGUAAUUUACCUUUCCACGCUCGCAAACUUUGGCAGUAUUGGUCUCCUCAAUUCGAUGGUGCCAGCAAAGGAUCCGUUUUUCUUACUAUUGGCACGACUUUACUAUUGUACUUUAACUCUGGAAUAAAUCCCAUUCUUUACGCUUUCCUCUCAGAAAACUUCAGAAACUCGAUGAAGGAAGUAGUGUGUUGCAGAAAACAUCCAAUCUCAAGCCGUUUUACUUCUCAUCACUCAACUGUACGAGCUCCUCAACCUUCUCAGUCAGGAUAUGAACGGAAACCUUCUCAAUCUGUCUAAAAAUAGAAACCUUUAACAAGUUUUCAUGAUGCUCAGAUACAAUUUGUAAGAACAUUAAGUAUUAUAUUUAUUUUACUGUCAUCCGUAAGAUAUCCAGAUUCAACUAAAUCAUUGCCGUCAACAACAUGUAAUUCAUAGAGCACACACUAAUCUAUAAAAACGCAGAUUAACAUUUUAACUGGAUAUGUGCUUACCUUUCACCAUUAAUUUUUUCAUAGAUAUUUAAAAGAUUGUAUUGGUUUUCUAUACAUACUCACUUAUAUACAGUAUAAGUAUAUAACCAUGAUAUGCUAAUUUGUAGUUUAGGUUUUAGGUAUAUGACCUUCCCGUAUUUCUAACAUUAUAUACAUAUGAUGUUUAACAUGAUACAAUAUAUUCAUUAUACAUUGUAUAUUAUGAGUGUAAAAGUAAUAACACUGAAUAUUUUGUGUGUGAAAGUAACAACACAAUAUAUUGGAACCAAAACUGUACAUCUCCAAAAUUCUGGAGUGCAUAUUUCUUCGUGAGGCCUGUCGUUGUUGUUUGUGCUGCAACUCAACCUACAUUCGUAAACAUAUAUUAACAAGCAUGUUUCCAUUUCUUUGAAAUUCAAUUUUUUUUUUACAGAAUACUCAGUAAUAUCUGGAAAUAAUGUGAAAUACAUUUCAUAUUCAUUCAGCAAUUAUAUACAAGGUAUUCAGACCAUCGAUAAAGAGUUCUUCUAAACUAAUAUAUUUCUAUUAUAUGUAUUUGUUCCAUUAAUUACUCGAACUGCUCAGAGUCCUUAAUUUCGCGUUUUGUUAGUCAUGACACCCGUUAUUUUAUGUACAUAAUAUUGAUAUAUAAUUUUAUUGUACUAAGUGCAAAGUUUUCUCUCACUACUAUUUCAAAUUGGAGUGA